AUGGCGUCUUAUACCGGUUUGGCCUUACUGGCACUGUCUCUCCCUCUGUCCUGGGCGCAACAAUAUCCCGACUGUCAGAAUGGACCACUAUCUAACAACUCGGUAUGUGAUACCGGAUUGUCGGCGAGAGAACGAGCUCAAGCGCUGGUCGAUGCCCUGACACUGGAGGAGAAAUUAAACCUCACGCACAACAACUCACCGGGCGUAAAGCGAUUAGGCUUGCCGGCCUACAACUGGUGGGGUGAAGCUCUUCACGGAGUAGCUGCUGCGCCAGGAGUACAAUUCAGCAGCUCAGGCAAUUGGUCCUAUGCGACUUCCUUUCCUCAGCCUAUUUCAAUAGCGUCAUCUUUUGACGAUGAGCUAUUCUAUGCCAUCGGGACUGUGAUAAGUACUGAAGCGAGGGCAUUCAACAACGGUAAACGCUCCGGCCUCGACUAUUGGACACCAAAUAUCAAUCCAUUCCGUGACCCGCGAUGGGGCCGUGGUCAAGAAACGCCAGGUGAAGAUACUUAUUUGGUCAAGCGAUACAUCGACAAUAUGGUCACUAGUCUCCAAGGUGGUCGUAAUCCUACAUCCUAUAAAGUCAUCGCCACAUGCAAGCACUACACAGCUUAUGACUUGGAAGGUUGGCAAGGGAACACUCGCUAUGGGUUCGACGCUAUUGUCAGUCCGCAAGAUCUGAGUGAAUAUUAUAUGCAGCCAUUUCAGCAGUGUGCGAGAGACACCAAGGUCGCCUCGAUAAUGUGCUCAUAUAACGCUAUCAAUGGCGUACCUGCUUGUGCCAAUUCGUACACCAUUCAGUCAGUUCUUCGAGGGCAUUGGAAUUGGACUGCUGAUGAGAACUACAUCACUUCUGAUUGCACUUCCAUCCAGAAUAUGUUUACCGAUCACCAUGCGUUUGAUACAAGACAGCAGACAGUGGCAGCUGCGCUGAACGCUGGGGUCGAUGUUGAUUGCGGCUAUUACAAUCCAACAUUUUUACCAUCAGCAUAUUCCCAAGGUUUGUUUCAGGAGUCCACGCUAGAUAAGUCACUUCUACGUUUGUACUCAGGAUUGGCCAAAGCAGGCUACUUUGACCCUCCAGACUCGCCGUGGAGAUCAGUGACAUGGGAUAAUGUGUCAACACCAGAAGCGGAAGAUCUUGCCCUGAAGGUUGCCGAGGAAGGUAUCAUUCUCUUGAAGAAUGACGGAACCCUUCCGUUGAUCCCGCCUGAGGAUCGCAAUUUGACUCUACUUCUUGCUGGUGGCUGGAUCAAUGCCACCGAGCAGCUGCAAGGAAACUAUGCUGGACCCGCGAGAACGUUGGUAUCUCCAUGGAUGGCGCUCCAGAAUGUCUCGAACCUCAAUCUUGUUGUCGUCAAGUGGUACGAGAAUCCCAUGUUGCGUGCCAUUGACACUCAGGCGGACGCUAUUCUCUACAUUGACGCUACAAAUGAAGGUGCGGAUGAAGGCAAAGAUCGUAAUACCAUUCGAUGGGAUGCCAUGCAGGUGGACGCUGUGGAGAUGUUAGCUACCCUUGGUCGACCCCUUAUCGUUGCACAUAUGGGCGAGCAGGUCGAUGAUUCAGCACUGCUCAAUAACCCUAAUGUGAGCUCAUUAUUAUGGGCUGGUUAUCCAGGUAUGUUAGGAGGGCAGGCGCUUAUCAAUAUUGUCACUGGUAAGACGGCACCAGCUGGUAGAAUGCCAGUCACUCAAUACCCUGCCGACUACGUUCAUCAAGUACCCAUGACCGACAUGAAUUUGCGUCCGGAUCCCCAGACUGGCAACCCAGGUCGGACAUACAAAUGGUUUGACAAUGCAACCGUCGAGUUUGGUUUUGGACUUCACUACACCAACCUUUCCACUGCCAUUGGCACGCCAUCAAACACAUCUUUUGAUAUUCAGUCUCUUGUGUCUGCCUGCAACUUCACUACCUACAGCCACGUCGACCAGUGCCCGUUCUAUCCCUCAGGCUCCACCUCCUCUUCGUUAUCUGUCAAUGUCACCAAUAGCGGUACCACAGCCUCUGACUUCGUCGCCCUUGCUUUCAUUGCCGGGGAGUACGGACCAACACCCCGCCCACUCAAGUCCCUUGUAGCUUACCAGAGGCUCUUCGAUAUCAAGCCUGGAAGUUCACAGACAGCCAGUCUAAAUCUCACGCUAGGAUCAUUGUCAAGAUACGACGAGAAGGGAAAUCAGAUAUUGUAUCCGGGGAAUUAUCGUGUAUUGAUAGAUGUACCGACACAAAAUACCUGGGAAUUUGUGCUGACUGGAAGCGAGUAUGUGAUGGAUGAGUGGCCUCAAGUGUAA